CUGAGUGAAUAAAAGUAGGUUACUAUGAAUUUUUCGGUAUCAGCCCCCGGGAAGGUGAUUCUUCAUGGAGAACAUUCCGUUGUGUUUGGAAAGACUGCGAUUGCGGUUAGUUUAGGAUUGAGGACAACCGCUUAUUUAAAGGAAACUUCCAAUACAUUCAUAAAUAUUAAUCUGCCAUCUGUACAAGUAAACGAAUCAGUGCCCUUACAUCAUAUAAAUACGGAAAUAUUAAGUUACAAAACCUAUAUAGAACACCCCCAAUCAAUACCUCACGAAGAGCAUUUAAUAAAAACAGAAAUAUUCGUAAAAAACACCUUUCCGAACUUCGAUAACUUCAGCGGUAAACAAAAGAAUGCAUUAAUUGCCAUUUUCUAUGUUUUCUUUGGUGUUUUUGGCGGGAAAGAAAUACGUGGUUUUGAGAUAAGCUUUGUGUCAGAUUUGACAAUUGGUGCUGGAACGGGAAGUUCAGCUUCUUUUGCAGUUUGUUUAGCGGCGGCAUUGUUGCGGUUUGCAAAGGGUUCUAAUGAAAGUAUUAUAAAUUUUGAGGAGAAGCAGCUUAUUUCUCAAUGGGCAUAUAACUGUGAAAGAAUCAUGCACGGGACGCCUUCAGGCAUAGACAACACGACAGCGACUUUCGGCUCUCUAGUAGUAUUUUGUAGGGGUCAAAAACCGAAUCUUCUUGACUUAAAACUAAAUCUUCGUAUCCUCUUGGUUGACACGCAAGUUAGUCGACAGACCCAGGUUUUAGCACAAAAAGUGCGAGGUUUGAUGGGGAGAAACCCAGAGGCAGUGGACUGCGUGAUGACCGCCAUGGAUCAUAUAGCAAAGAGUGCAUUGAAGAUUCUACAAAAUCAAUCAUCCAACUGCGAAGGAGAUAUUGAUGCCCAAUAUCAAAACUUGGCGGAGCUGUGGAACAUGAACCAUUGUUUGCUUGCCUCCAUUGGCGUGUCACAUCCCGCUUUAGAGAGUGUCAGAACAAGUGCGGAUAAAUUCGGCCUCGCGUGUAAACUUACCGGCGCGGGGGGAGGGGGAUAUGCAAUAGUAUUAGUCCCACAUACGGCAAAUCAAAAAGUUAUUGACGAUCUAACAAAAGAAUUGGCGGAUAAAGGAUUUAAAGUUAUCGACACUGCCCUUGGAGGGCCUGGAGUCCAGUACCAAUAUGAGUGACUGUCUUCUGUAAUCUCCUGGUCGUGACAGUGACAGUUGCAAAUUAUAGAAUAAUUGCUGUCAAAAAAGCGCGCGAAGGACAGUUGAAAUUUUAUUGACCAUAGAGAUAUGUUAACUAAGAGUUAAGACGUGCGAUGCUUAACUAUAAAGGAUAUGUAUUGAGAAAGAUUUCUUUUUAGCUGAUCUUUUUAUAUUGUUAAAUUUAAUUAUGUGUAUGGUGGUGUAGGGUUUUAUAAAUGAUGCAUUUAAAAUAAAUAAAUAAUAUUAUAA